AUGUACGGUUUCUUUAAUGGGGUAGCCGAACCGAAUUAUGGAUAUCUCCAAAGCUCUAUAUCUCCGGCGUUGGAUCCACCGACCACACUUUUGCGUUCACUCAUCUCACCCAAGUGCUUUCACUGUACAGACGAAGCAUUGCGAGAUAUCUGCGCCAAGCCUUCCUUGCCCGAACUCACUGCGACCAGGCCUUGCCCACAACAAGAGCUCCGCAAAUACACAAUCUCACCGAUCUUAGAGAUACACAACCGCAAUACCUCUCCCCUCGGCAUCAUGGCGGAUAGCUCACGCCGAUCCCCCCAGCCCUCACCGGGCCAGUCGUCAGAACUCACGGUCAACACCUCGUUCAUCCACGCUAGCGGAUUUGAGUUCCUCAGUCGCUCCGCUGCCAGCGCAGAUGACCUUGAAACAAUCAAUCUUUCCGAUUCGCCAAGCGGAACCGCUGGAGACGGUAAGGACACUCUCCGCGGCUUUCGCGCUGGCUAUCAAGCUCACUUUGACACAGCGGAGACCAUCAUCUUCUCGUCCGAAGGUAGUGACUUUGAUGUCAUAUCGCGCCCGGAUUCGCCGCUACUGAGUACCACCGGCAGCGACUUCGAGCCCGUGGGUCAUCCCGGCUCACCUCUGGCAUACGAAGCCACCAGAAGUUAUAUAAGCCAGAACAUUCGGUCUCCAGUAGUGGUUAUGGAGGCAAAUACUAAUCCGACUCAUGUAAACUCGAGUGGAGCCACGAAUGCGCAUGGUAGCCAUGUCGAGCCUCCGACUAGUCCGCCAACGCUCACACGGCCCACUGAUACCGCAUUGGCCACAAAGAAGGCAUGGGACAGAAUUCCUGCGCCCGAGGCCGCGCCGGCCCCUCGAACGCCAGCCGGGGAACCAGCACAAGCCCAACCAAAUUCGUCUCCCACAUUCACUGAAGCACUAACCAAAGAGGACUUGCAAAAGCCAGUGGCUACCAGAUAUGAAGAUGAUGUUGGAUGCAUUAUCCUCCCAGUUACGGAGCAGGGGAUGCAUCCAUCGGCUGGCCGAGGAGAUUUGUCUCUGUUACAGCACAAAAUAGCGAGCCGCAGCACCGAUCGUGUCAAUGAAAGAGAGAUAGACAUCCAAUCACAGCGCCAAGCCUGUCCCAGCUACCUUGUUGGAUGUGGCGAUGCUUCCGAGGCCGCGGAAGUCAAGGUUGAUGCGGUGUCCAAGGAGGCUUAUAUGGCCACGCUAAAGGAUCUUGAAGAAGCUUCUCAGCGCGAAUGUGACCUUAGGGCAAGGCUUAGACAAGAGCGGAGCACUCGCCUGAGUCUCGAGGAAGAGCUGCAGGAUUUCAAAGUCUUGACAUCCCGUCUUCAAAUCGAGCUACGCCAGGGCGCAGUCAAGGAACGAGAUGAGGCGCUCGAAGCCCUGAGGACUGCCGAGGAACGUCAUGCUGCCACUUUGAAAGAGGCUGUAGAUGGUGAGCGCCAGUCAGCAAAAGAGCGGGAGGAUCAGCUGCGCGCUGAAGUCGAAGCGUGCCGAACUAUCACCCGUUUGGCAGAGCUUCACUGCAAGCAAGCCAACGACGAAAUGGAGAGAAUGCUUAGACAUUCCCAUCUUCCAGUGAACUCUAUAAAGUCCAUGGCGAAGGAGAAGAAAGCUCUUGAGGCCAAAGCAGACAAGCGCGAGAAGCUCAUUGCUCGCCUACGAGCAGACUUAACCGCAGCAAAUGUUCGAUCCCGGUCCCUCGCGGAAGACAUAAAGCGUAUCCGAACUGAAUGCAAAGAGCGGGAGUUGAAGCGCCAGGUACUCCUACAACAUCUCCAGGCCCUUGAGAGUGAUUGCUCUCAAAUUCGGGAAGUGGACGUCUAA